AUGGACGACGAUUUCGACUCUAGUGAUCUAGAGUUUGACGCGCCUGCCCCAGACCGCUUCUCGUCAGCUGGCAGCAAAUCCAUUACCGCGAUCAAGAAGAACGCGUCUGCGUUGCGCAUCGAAUCAAAGCUCGCGGUGAAGCAACUGCAAUCGGUCCAUGGCGCACCAGGAUCGCGGAGGCAGCGCUCGCAGUGGGCGCGCACUUGGGAGGCAUUCUUCAAAGAAGUGCUCAAGAAGAACCAUGCCACUGUUCCCUGUGGCCAAGACAUCGAGCGCUUCAUACUCAGCUUGCCAAGUAUCAUGGAGUCGAGUUCCACUUCGCGAGAGGCGAUUGCUUGGUCUACACUCGUCCUUGCCUUGCGGUACACCUUCCACGCUAUUCGAUGCCGACACGACACGUUUGCUCUGUCCUACAACGACAAACAACGCAUCAAAGAUUGUUUCGAGACUCUACGCAUGCAAGAGAAGAUCACCAAAGACCCAGUGCGCGAAGCACAGUGGCUGACGACCAGGCUCAUGGCUCACCUCAUCCGAGGUCUGCUGGUCAAAGCUGUGCGGUUCGGCGUAUUGGACUGGAGCAUCGUGGUCCAGAAGGCGCUCGGUCUAGCUCUUCAAUCGGCGCUGAGCAGCCGUGUCGGAGAAGUGGCAGUCAGUCGUGACUACGACGACGAUGAAUGCUUGGCCUAUAAGGACAUCGAGUUGAAGGUUACCGUCGACGACACGAGCCCCGUGGACCUCCCUCUCCUCGACCGAGUAACUUUGGACGCCAAGGUGACUUUGCGAUACACCAAGGGCUUCAAACGCGAUGGAUCACACAACCACAUCAUCGUGCUUUCCAGUUUGGACAGCGUCGAGUUCAAUGUUGUCGACCCACUGAAGCUCCUCUUGGCUCACGCAUUGAGACACGACUGUUUCUAUCACACCACGGCUGAGGACGUCGUGCAAGAAGCACUGACUCAACGAGACGGCGUUUUCCGAUGGAAGUACCCCGAGAGGCCAGUGCUGUGUGCUCUGAAGCAUCGUAAAUUCCAAUAUGACAAAGGCGCCUCGACGCAGCUACUCCGUGAGACGCUGAAUGAAGCUGCACAGCUGUCGGGGAUCACCCAGCGACUCGUCACUCAUGACAUCCGCCGAGGGGCUGCACUUGAAGCCAGUCAACUUCCGCCACGUCGAAACAUGGAAGGCGCGGCUGAAGCACUGGGCCAUUCGAACUUCGCACUCAUGUCGGGUGUAACCGCCAAGUAUGUUGGCCACAAUACGAGAUCGACUCUCGCCGACCGUAUCAGCGUCUACGCAAACAAUGAUUUUGGCCUAGCAGUGGCAGAAGAUCGCAUAGAGACUACACUGAACAAACGCAAAGUGUCUUCCAACGACAUCGACGACUACCUGGCCCAGCCUGAGAACACCCACUUGAAGAAGCUCAAAGUUCCCCGCCAUGCAGCAACCAGAGCCCUUAUCAAACAGCGAUCGAGUGUAACUGCUCCCAAAGAUCAGGAUAGGUCUGACCAGAUCGGUUUGGACAAGGUCCAUCCCAGGACUCCUUUACAGCCGCUGAACCAGAACAAACUAAAGGGUAUCGCACCGCAGUCGACCAUGAUAGACCUCACCGUGAGCGACGACGAGAAGAGCGACGGUUCGAUGACAGCAGCUCAUCUGACCCGAGAAACGCGGCGACCAGUGGAUACAACGAAGUUCGACCCCGCACUGUUGCUGUUAUCAGGUCUACCGUCAACACGUCAGGCACAGGGGAAUGCUGACCCAGGCAUGGUUCCGGAUACAUCCAUUCUGGAAGCCAGGCUAGAUGAGAUGGACUUCGGGGAUGACGCAAGUCUCGUGGAGCCACGUAGUGGCACGGCUGCUCAGGUAGAGCUCGAGGUGCUCGAGGCGUCUCAAUCAGAGUUCAUUGCUUGGUUGAGCCAGAUAAAUACUCGCGUCGUCAACGAUACAAACCCAGCGCAGCACAAGGACUUGGACCAUUUACGUGGAGGCAGUCGCGACGAGCCGACAUUCUUCAGCCACCGUUGUUGCAAGUAUGCAACCACCAGCGGCCCCAGCAUGAACUACCACGAGGCUAUUUGCACGACGGAAUCACGCAAGUCCGCCAAUACCAAGCUCUCAGGCUUCAGCAAGGCAUGUGACGUGCCCGGAUGCUCCUACGUCGCGAGGGGUGAGAAGGAGGCGAACGUAAACAGGAACUUCAACAGCCACAAGACCAACCAGCACCCCAAGCCUGGCACUACAUUCUCGUGCCCGAUUGGAGGGGGUCCAAACUGCGCAGGACCGUUCAAGAGCAAGGACGCGGUAUCGCACCACAAGACCAGGCACCACUCAAACAUUGUUCCCCAGGGAUGUCCGGUCGAUGGCUGUACGAGCAAGAAGCUGUGGAGCUCAGCAGCAAAUCUGGAGGAUCACAUCCGCAAGGGACACCUGAUCAAAGGCAAAGCACUGAGCGCUCUUAUCAAUGCGGCAAAGGCACGUGGAGUGGAUGAGGAAAGUGACGAGGGAAGUGACGAGGGCUACUAG